UAUUCCAGCCCAUACCCAUAUAACAGAGAACAAAUCUGAGCCGUUAGAUCUAGGUCACAAUCAUCUUCCCCUACCUUAAACACUCCAAACCCUAGGUUACUCACGAUUCCUCCGCAUCUUCAACUCUGCAGGCCAAGGUUUCCCCCUCUUCAUCAGGUAAGUCAUGGUUAAGCAUAACAAUGUUAUCCCCAAUGGGCACUUCAAGAAGCAUUGGCAAAACUAUGUGAAGACAUGGUUUAACCAACCUGCCCGCAAAACUCGCAGACGCAACGCUAGACAAGCAAAGGCUGUCAAAGUUUUCCCGAGGCCUGCGGGUAAGCUCCGUCCCCAGGUUCAUGGUCAAACCUUGAAAUACAACAUGAAACUUAGGGAGGGCAGGGGAUUUUCUCUUGAAGAGUUGAAGGCUGCGGGUAUUCCAAAGAAGCUUGCUCCAACCAUUGGUAUCGCUGUGGACCAUAGGCGCAGGAACCGCUCUUUGGAAGGUUUACAAGCGAACGUUCAGAGGCUAAAAACCUUCAAGGCUAAGUUAGUUGUCUUCCCAAGACGCGCAAGAAAGACCAAGGCGGGUGACUCUACGCCAGAAGAGCUUGCAACCGCUACUCAGGUCCAAGGCCCGGUAUUGCCCAUUUUGAGGGAGAAACCAGCUGUUGAACUUGUGAAGGUUACCGAAGAGAUGAAGUCAUUUAAUGCUUAUGCUAAAUUACGUCUUGAGAGGACAAACAAACGCCAUAUGGGUGCAAGGCUCAAGAGGGCUGCCGAGGCUGAGAAGGAAGAAAAGAAAUAGGUAAACGAGUCUUAGUUGCUUGGUUUGAUAAACUUAUGUCGUAAACUGCUUUGAUUGUUAUUUUGGAGUUAGAUGGUUUGUCUUUGUUCGCCAAACUUUGUUUUUGAUAUGGGAAACAAUGGUAUGAUUAGUACCAAAUUCAAUCAUGUGGUGGUGAAAAAGGUUUGAUA